AUGAAUGUGCUUACGAGCCUCCUGGGGGAGUUGGAGCUCGAGCUGCAGGACCAGCCCGAAGGCGGCCCCAAGGUGGCCAAGCCCGGGAAGCUGGACCCGGCGCUGACGGCGCUGAAUCAGCAGCUCGCAGACCUCGAGCUGGAGCUCAAGAUGGGCGAGGAGCGGAGAGCUCUUGCAGGUGAUGAUUUGGCCAGCACUCAGCCCGCGGUAAACCAGAUCCAGGAGGAGUUCAAAGCGGAACCCAGCAUGGCGCGCCCAGAGGUGCAGGUGCCGCAGACGCAGACGGUGCAGACGGCAUCCCUGACCCCUGCGCCAUCCGUGCUGCUUCCCUGUCAAAGUCAGAGGAUUGCGCCGAGUGGCUGGGCCUGGAGGCAAGCGUCUCCACAGCAACGUGUCCAGUACGUCAGUGCAACUUCGCCUCGGCGCAGUCUGGGGCCGCAGCGUGCACCAGCGCAGCCACCGCAGCCCACGCUUAUACAGCGGCAGCACACGCCCCCACAGCCGCAACCUGCAACGCCACAGACACAGCCGCAACUCAAUCCGCAGCUGCAGCAGGCAUCACCACCGCACGCCUCGCCGCAGCAGGCGCCGCAGGCACAAGCGAUGCAGGAGAGAGCAGCGCCCGCCCUGCCGAAGCAUCUCUCCUCCGCCCAAGCCAUGGCCAACGCCGCCAUGAGCGCCACGGCGAACCUCACUCCGGGCACCCCUGCCACAGCUCCCGUCUUGCCGUGCAGAUCGGUCAGCCCAACGCCGACAGGCCGCGGUCAGGUGCCACCCCCGCCCAUUGUUCCCUCUGGCGGCUGGAGAAGCGACCGCGGCUGUGCGGGCUACUUUCGGGGCGAGAUGCCACAGUCUCCAAUGCGGCGGGCAGAAGGCUGGCAAUCUCCAGCCCCUGGAUUUCAGAUAGGUCGGGCCUCGCCCUCGCCUAGAAACAGCGGCCGCUUUUACGCAGGCCUCAGCAAUAGCACCAUGCCAAGCGCCCGCAAGCCCUGGCGCUCCCCUUCAGAGGGCCGCCUCGGAGGCCAGGUCUCACCUGGCAGCCUGCGCAACGGCUGGACACCUCGCAGCGGUACCAUUGCUGACAUGACGCAUUCGCCCAGGACAAGGCGUGAGAACUCCUGGCAGCCGACGCACACACCGCCACACUCCUUCACCAUGUGCCGGUCUUCGACCUCCUUGACCAGCAGCAACCCGUCCUUCUACAUGCACAGUACCAUGGGGGGCGGUGGCUUUGGUCAGAACCCUGUGCCGGCCGCCACCUACAUUGUGGACCUGGGCGAUCCCGUGGACCAGAUGCUUGGCAGCGCCCUGCGCACCUUGGAUGCCGCCGCUGCCUCCAAGCUGACCUUGCGGCGACUUGCCCCUGGCCGCUACGAGAUCGACGGCCGCAAGGUCACGUUGCGCUGGUCAGAUCAAGGGGCGGGGCUGAUGUGCAUCGAGGAUGAGGUUCUGGACCCGCGUGGCUCUGCUAUGCCGCUUCCAGCCUACCUCAGUCAGGCGGGCAACGUUGCAGCGUCGCUCAGCGGCCAGAAGGCGGACAUGCCCAAGAUUGCACGGGUGCCAAAGAACCAGCGACUCACCUUCGACGAUGAGAAGGAGGAGAAGAACCUGGCAUCGCAGAUUGAGAAGCUGGGAAGCGAGCGUUGCGAAUCAAUGCGCCUCGCGGUGGAGCAGGCGCGGCUCAGGGAAGAGGCCGCGGAGGCCUACGAGAAGUUGACCCGCGGCUUCGCGCCCAGCCGUGUGAUGCCGCCACCGGGCGCCCACAUGGGCUACAUGUGA